AUGCGGAUCAGCCCUCUUUGCAUCCGAGGCUAUCGAGAAUUCGCAGGCACAAUAUUCUACCAGGCCCGGAGCCUUCCGUCAUCGAUCCUGGACUCUGACAUCAGUCCCGCAUCAGCCCGAAGGUCAGCGAAUCUCUCACCGGAAGCCCCACCACAGUCGACCUUAACAAACAAUGCCAAUUACCCCGCCGUCGAACCGAAGUUGAUCGAACUAGGCUCACCUGAAUCCAAAGGUAUACUCGUCGUGCUUCUCGUUCUCCAGGCCCCAUCAGCUGACCCGGCCUACAAUUUGAUAGAAACACCAUACACAAUGUCUCUCACCAACAAGCUUGCUAUCACGGACGUCGACCUCAAGGACAAGCGUGUCUUGAUCCGGGUCGACUUCAACGUCCCUCUCAAUGAGAAGAAGGAGGUCACCAACCCCCAGCGUAUCGUCGGUGCUCUGCCCACCAUCAAGUAUGCCAUCGACCAGGGCGCCAAGGCCGUCAUCCUCAUGUCCCACCUUGGCCGUCCCGACGGCAAGAAGAACCCCAAGUACAGCUUGAAGCCUGUUGUUCCUGAGCUGGAGAAGCUGCUCGGCAAGAGCGUCAUCUUCACCGAGGACUGCGUUGGCAAGGAGGUGGAGGAGACCGUCAACAAGGCCUCGGGCGGCCAGGUCAUUCUGCUUGAGAACCUGCGUUUCCACGCCGAGGAGGAAGGUAGCUACAAGGACGAGGAGGGCAAGAAGGUCAAGGCCGACAAGGAGGCGGUUACCGAGUUCCGCAAGGGCCUGACGGCCCUAGGUGACAUCUACAUCAACGACGCGUUCGGAACCGCCCACCGUGCCCACAGCUCGAUGGUCGGUGUUGACCUGCCCCAGAAGGCCUCUGGCUUCCUCGUGAAGAAGGAGCUCGAGUACUUCGCCAAGGCUCUCGAGAGCCCCUCGCGCCCGUUCCUGGCCAUCCUCGGUGGUUCCAAGGUCUCCGACAAGAUCCAGCUUAUCGACAACCUGCUGCCCAAGGUUAACAGCCUGAUCAUCACUGGUGGCAUGGCCUUCACCUUCAAGAAGACCCUGGAGAACGUCAAGAUCGGUAACAGUCUGUUCGACGAGGCCGGCAGCAAGACCGUCGGCGAUAUCAUCGAGAAGGCUAAGAAGAACAACGUCAAGAUUGUCCUGCCUGUCGACUACAUCACGGCCGAUAAGUUCGCUGCCGACGCCAAGACCGGCUAUGCCACCGACGAGGAAGGCAUCCCCGACGGCUACAUGGGCCUGGAUGUCGGCGAGAAGAGUGUCAAGCUGUACAAGGAGACCAUUGCCGAGGCCAAGACCAUCCUCUGGAACGGUCCUCCUGGUGUGUUCGAGAUGGAGCCUUUUGCCAACGGUACCAAGCAGACUCUGGACGCUGCUGUUGAUGCCGCCAAGAACGGCGCCAUCGUCAUCAUCGGUGGUGGUGACACCGCUACUGUUGCGGCCAAGUACGGUGCUGAGGACAAGCUCAGCCACGUCUCCACUGGCGGUGGUGCCUCGCUGGAGCUUCUGGAGGGCAAGGAGCUGCCUGGUGUUGCUGCGCUGUCAAGUAAGUAA